UUCUGGCAUGGACAGCUGCGGAAUAUAAAGCCUGAUGGUAACAAAGGGGGAUAAUUUCCUAUUUUUCACUACUUAUCUCACCGGUUUCAGACUUAGCAAUGGAUAUUCUUUGUGAUGAGGAGAGCUCUGUGAACCCAACUGCAAACUCCUUAAUACAAAUAAACCAUGAAAGAAGACUCUACAGAAAUGUUUAUGGAGCUGGAGAGAUUAAUAUAUCACAUCUCCUUAAUUUGACUGGGGACUCUGAAAAUCUAACAAAUCUUUCGUGUGAAAGUAACAUGGGUCCACCCUGCUACUCUUCCCUGUUUCAGCUUUCACAGAAAAACUGGCCAGCUUUGCUGACAGUGAUAGUGAUCGUUUUAACCAUUGCUGGAAAUAUUCUUGUCAUCAUGGCUGUGUCGCUGGAGAAAAAACUGCAGAAUGCCACUAACUAUUUUCUAAUGUCACUUGCAAUAGCUGAUAUGCUGCUGGGUUUCCUUGUCAUGCCUGUGUCAAUGUUAACCAUACUGUACGGAUACACGUGGCCUCUACCUACAAAGCUCUGCGCCAUCUGGAUCUACUUGGACGUGCUUUUCUCCACUGCCUCCAUCAUGCACCUCUGUGCCAUUUCACUGGAUCGCUAUAUUGCCAUUCGAAAUCCCAUCCACCACAGCCGUUUUAACUCAAGAACUAAGGCUUUUGCAAAAAUAAUUGCUGUUUGGACCAUUUCAGUUGGUAUCUCCAUGCCUGUACCUGUCUUUGGACUACAAGAUGAUUCCAAAGUGUUUAAGAAAGGCAGCUGCUUACUUGCAGAUGACAAUUUUGUCCUAAUAGGCUCUUUUGUGUCAUUCUUCAUCCCUCUAACCAUCAUGGUGGUCACCUACUUUUUAACUAUCAAGUCGCUGCAGAAGGAAGCUAUGCUAUGUGUGAACGACAUUGGCCCAAAACCCAAGUUUGCUUCAUUUAGCUUCCUCCCUCAGAGCUCCCUGUCCUCAGAGAAACUCUUUCAGCGCUCUUUGAACAGAGAUGUGUGGACUUCGGGGAGGAGAACCAUGCAAUCCAUCAGCAACGAGCAGAAGGCUUCCAAGGUUCUUGGCAUUGUCUUCUUUCUGUUUGUUGUGAUGUGGUGCCCGUUUUUCAUCACCAAUGUGAUGGCGGUAAUUUGCAAGGAGUCAUGCAAUGAAGAAGUCAUUGGAGGGCUACUUAACGUAUUUGUUUGGAUUGGCUACCUUUCUUCGGCUGUCAACCCACUUGUAUACACUUUGUUCAACAAAACCUACCGCUCAGCUUUCUCUCGUUAUAUUCAGUGUCAUUACAAGGAGGAGAAGAAACCUUUUCAGCUCAUUUUAGUAAACACUAUCCCAGCACUUGCAUACAAUUCCAGCCAGCUCCAGCUAGCACAAAUGAAGAGUUUGAAAAAAGAGGCAAAAAUGAUGGCUAAGGAUUAUUCAACAGUCACGAUAGGAAUUCAUCAUUUGGAUGGUACCUCCAAGGGAAGUAUCAGCCCAGUGAACGAAAAGGUUAGCGGUGUGUGACGGCCAGUAGCUGCCAUGAAAACCACUGGGCGUAUGCUGAAAAUUUCAUCUGGCGGCGAGA